AUGAGCGCAUCAAGCAACAUCACGUCGACUUCGCAGCACGCCGAUACAAACUCGACCACUACACCGCUGAUUCGCGAGAGCAAGCCAGCCGAAGACAACAGUCUUUUAGCCAAAGGGAAGCGCAAGAUUCUAGGUCUGGGUAAGAAACACGAAGCCGCAGAGGACAAAAGUGCUUCGGGCAAGGCAGGAGCGACCCAGCGCACCAAGUCUCCCACGUCUGCUCCAACUCUGCUGCCGUCGCCUCCCCUCACUGACCAGCGAACGUCGCCUCGAGGAAGUCCUCGAAUCCGUCCAGUGGGCAUCGGCGCCUCGCCCAACCGCAGGAGCAUGCACCGCUCCACGUCGCCCGGCCUUCAUUCGCCAGCCUCGUCCGCUAUAUUCGAGCGCAACGUACAAGAGCCCGAGGACUCACGGAGGACCACAUACCACCCGCAUUGGGAUGCGUCGUCCUUGGCCAUCACAGAUGACCAUCUGAACCCCGACGAGGUUGAGAUUGUUAUGCACUCAGCCCACCAGCCAGCCGCGAGCGCUGUUGCAGGGGGCGCGACGGAUUCUGUAUACUCGCCGUCCCUUGCGCACGAGGAAUCCAUGGCCUCCAGCCACGCCGACGUCAACGAGCCAACCUCGAACUACGGAUCACUGGAUAUGACGGACCCACGUCGCCUGAGCUUCAUCUCGUUUGCGGACGUCGUACAAGCUGAGCACGUAGAGCAGGACAGGGAAAUGCUAGGCUCGAGCGAUGCACUGCAGUUUCAGAGCCUCUCGUCCACGGCCAACCGGUCCCCAUCGCCAGUGAGGUCUCCAGCGUCAUCGCGCGGAAUGAGUACAUCCCCGCCGACGAGUGGCGCUGCCUCCCCAGGGUUUGCGGAUCACGGUCGUACCCGUUCGCCGGGCAGCCCGAUGUCUCCGAGCAGCCCGCCAUUGGGCAGCGGCGAGCCUCCGCUUCAAAUUGAGACGAUGCGUCAGGCGCUGCGCAAGACGCACUCGGGUGAUCUGAGUGGUCACAGAUCUCAGCCAUUGAGCGCUGUUAGUCUGGAGGACAGCAAUGCGGAGCGCGCACCAUUCAGAUGA